AAAGAGAAAAACAGGGCGAGGGAGAGAGAGAGAGCGAGUGAGAGGAGGGCGGAGGAAUAAUAAUCUCUGCAAAUCAAAACACGAUCCGUUAAAAAAAGUUUUUCUGGCUCUUGGAAGGAGGAAAAAUCCACACAUGGAGCAGGAGAAACACAGGACAGACUUUAGUGGAGUUUUUCUCUGGAGGAGUGAGUAAGCGAAGCCUUUCCUCUCACUAACUGGACUGGGCUUGCUCACCGGGUGUAAUGGAGCACGUCGUGUUGACGGUGAACUGAGAAUGGCAAGACUUUCCCGACUUUCCUGCAGUGCAUUGGCCGGUCGUGCAGAGCCAGUGACUUAUUAACCUCCUCAGUCGGGCUUUAUUUUUCCGUGCUGCUCCAAGCAUGACCGACAACUGGAUAUGUGUCGCUCGCUUGGGCUAAACUUUUACAUGUAAGUUACAGAAGGUAAUCGCGCUUACCUGUGGGAGAUAAACUCAAUGCGAGGACACUGGGACUGGAACAGCAAGGACGAGAAGAGCGUGUUUGCGUUACAUGUGGUGUAGAUAUAUGUAGUGUUAAAGUUUGAGAAAUAAUGCACAAGUUGAAUUCGAGCGACGGUCACACAGGUGAGCGGGACUUGGAGGUUCAGCAGCGGCUGGCGGAGAGCAGCCUGACCGGUGAGGGGAUGCAGGAGAACGGAAAGCACACCCUCGGCCAGUCGCAGUCUGCGGACAGAGCCCCCUGCUCUCAGCGCAAGAUGCUGGUCGGCUUAGACAUCCUGUGCCUUUUCGUUGCCUCCAUCCCUUUCUUUGCAUGUGAACUGAAGACGGUUAAGCCGUACAGGAGAGGCUUUUUCUGCGGAGACCCCAGCAUCACGUACCCUAACUUGGAGAAUGAGGCCAUUCCGGACAGUUUGCUCAUCGCUGGAGGAAUCAUCAUCACGGGGGUGACGAUUGCUCUGGGUGAGUGUUACCGGGUCCGGUUCCGAGGCGUCCAGUCCCGCGCCUUCGUGCGAAACUGCUACGUCUCCUGCCUCUACAAAGAGCUGGGUGCCUUCUUGUUCGGCUGCUGCAUCGGCCAGUCAUUGACCAACAUGGCCAAGCUGAGCGUGGGCCGGCUUCGCCCCAACUUUCUCUCCGUGUGCAACGUGACAUAUGCAUCGCUGCGCUGCAUGCCGGACACUUACGUGGCAGAUGUGAUCUGCAAUUGCACACCAAAGGAAGAGGAGGAGGCCAGGAAGUCCUUUUUCUCUGGACAUGCCUCUUUUGCCAUGUACACAAUGCUUUACCUUGCUUUCUACUUGCAGGCGCGACUGUCAUGGCGAGGGGCGCGGCUGUUGCGGCCGCUGCUGCAGUUCCUGCUUGUGAUGUUAGCGAUGUACACCGGUCUCAGCCGAAUCUCUGACUAUCGCCAUCACCCCACUGACGUCCUCACCGGGUUCCUGCAGGGCGCACUCACUGCAUACUGGGUGGCCUUCCACAUCUCCUCCAUGUUUAAAACCUGCGCUUCGAACACGUCCCCCACCAGCUUGUCUCUGGACAGCCCCCUGUCCAUGUCCAGCGGGCAGACGGUGUGCUAGCGCCUGUCCCGGGAUGCGGCUCUAACACGAUGCGAACAGAUUGGACUCGAUUCAGUUGGAAUAAAGAAAGAGCACAUGGAAAGUGAAGCGGAUGGACAGAGAAAGUUGCAUGAGUGGAGAUGGAGGACGGGACGCUGCAGAGAAGAAGGCUAACAAAGAAACAGCCCAGUGGAAUGCAUUCAUGUCCAGACAUUUACUGGAACGUCCUCUAGUGAAACAUUUUCCCGCGCAGAAAGAGCGUCCAGCUGAGCUCGUCGUCCUGCAGACGCCCGCCCACUGCCUAUCAACCCCCGAUACAAAUAUGAUACAGAUUUUAUUUUGUAUGUGUGUGUGCGUCCUCUAUAUAUUUUUACUAUAAAUACAGUAAAUGUAAUCUAGACGAAGCUGCUAAUAAUUCUAUUAGUCCCUAGUGCCAGUUAUACUGACUGCAGUUAAAGAUUCAGGAGAUCCGUGUUAUUCACAGAAUAUGAGACUGAUCUGAUCCUGGUUAAUGAGUAUUGUACUGAGUCCACGACUGAGAUUGACUGGCCCGAUUGGCGUCUGUGGACCGAGACAUGGUCAUUGAACCAUCCAGUAGCCUUGAAGACGAGGCUGAGGACCUGCAGUGUUUUGGAGCAAUGCCACUUUGAGAGAUGGACCUAUGUGCCCAGUACAGACUUCUUUCUCUUUUUUUCUAUCUUUUUGCCUUUUUUUUUCUGUCCUUUGAACCUUUUUUUCUGACCUUUCAUUUUCUUCACUUUCUGUUUCUUCUUUCUGUUUUUCUUUCUUUCUCUUUUUUCUUUCUUAUUUGGAUUAAGGUUUAAGCCACUGAUACAGAAACAUUGAAUCAUGAGACUUUUGACAAGUUUUGACUUUGGUGAGGUUUAAUCCCGCAAUUAACCACUUUUGCUGUGCAAGUGAAGCUGCACUGUGACUGAAACAAGACUUUCCCCAACUGACCUAUCCAAGCUCCGCCCACAAAGGCAUUCUUUCAUAGCAACUGUUGCAAGGUUGGACAAGCUUUACAGAACGUUAAUGAGAGUCCCAUUGAGCUUAAUGAGAAAAUGUAGCAAAAUGUCAAUUACAAGUGUUUUUCAUUUUAAACAAUAGUUAUAUAUUUGUUGGUUGUAGGUUUUUUGUUAUGUAUUUCAAGUUUCACCUUCAGCUAUUUUAUUGUUCCUAGCUAAAAAAGCUAGCAUUGUCGCCGAGUGUGGUAGCGCAAAGUUCUUGCCCCUCACCCCCCCACCUCCAUAGAUCAUAUGUAGGUGGAUGUGAGGUGGGAGGGGAGCAUUUCUGUGAUGGGGGAUAAAUUAAACAGUGAUGCGCCUGUAGUAAUGUGGGUAGAUCUCAAAUGGCACUAACGCAAAGGAAUCUCUGCACUGAUCUAAAUAAAUUCACGACUGCUAAUAGAAUAGAAUUAAAAAAGGUUAUUAGCUGAGCCAAUUUUCUGUAUACCCAUGACCACACACAGUUGAAUCCUGUAUUAAAGUGCCAAGCUAUUAAAAUGACAUUGCUUGGUGGGAAAAGUAGUACAUUUUGAUGAUUAUCAUUAAUAAAUUAAAUCAUUUUUUUAAACAUUGGUGUAUUAUAGCAUAUUGUAUUUUGUGGCUGUUUUAUAAAAGCAUUAAGGAAUAUUCCUGUACACACAGCCUUGGCAUUUGUUUUCUUUGGUGUUGCUUUUACAUAAAAACAACGGCCAAUACGUACCUUUCUUCUUACAGUUUGUGGCCGAAAUGUCUCAGGAUGUCAAAUCUGGAAGAGUCUAGUUUGUCCCUGUUGGCUGCAGCCACCGUGUUCGUACUCCUCCCAGUGAUGUCAGACUGGAGGAAAAUGUAUAAAUCUUUGGUUUUGUGUUACAUAAUUUAUGUCUAGACUAUAUUAGUUUUUCCUUUUCGUGCACGACUGACAUAUUUUCUACAUACAAGCUAUAAGCUACGUGCUCUCCAUGUCCGCUCAUUUCAAACAGCCUAAAAUCUGAAACACACACACAGACACACACACACACAUAUAUAUAUAUAUGCUCCAUAAAGUGAAGCUGCUUGGUGACAAUGAUUUAGAGAGACAAAUAAAGGCGGAAAUGUUUUGACCCCAGUGAAAGGCUUACACGGCAAGAUUACGUAACAAAACAGCUACACCCAUUUGAUCUUUUACUCACAUUGACAGAGUUUUUAGUUUCUGAUUACGUUGAAUGAUAAUCCGUAAGCGCUUGUCAUGCUAGCAACAGUAACUAAGAAAGAAUACAUUCAUGGGCAGAGCUUGAAUAGGUCAAUUUGCCUUCUCCUGCCUUUUUUUGCUACCAUUUGAGUCCUUUAAUCCGGCUCAAGCAGGGGGCCCACUGGACACUACCUGCCUGCUCUUACGCUUAGCACUUGAACUGUGGAAUGGUGCCCUUUACUUACAACAGAUGGUAUUUUGUAUGUGAUGCCAUUUAAAAUAGUGGUUUUCCUUCUACCUGUGGUCAGCCAAUCACUUUUCUUUUGUUUUUUAUAAGAUGAUAAUUAUUUGAAACGAAUGUAUAUAAAUCAUUAUAUAUAUAUAUAUAUAUAUAUAUAUAUAUAUAUAUACAUACAUAUAUGCAAAUGCAAAUUAAACUAUCCUGAAUUUGCAAAAGUAUUAUAAAAGUUAUUUUCUAUUGUGAUAUAUAUGUUUAUGUUGAUCAGGUACUCAGAGAGCUUGUCUUGUAUAAAUGAAUAGUGACUGAGCCAGACAUAUUCUACUGUCAGAAAGCUAUAUUCUACAUUUUUAGUUUUAUAAAAGUUUUCUUUGUGUUGUCUGUGAAAGCCUGUGAGCUAAAAUAACCACUGUAUUAAUAAACCAAACCAAUAAAAUGAAUGUUCGAUCCUUUUAUCUUA